UCGGACAGAGGCGGAGUCUUCUUCCGAGGACCAUUCGGAAGAAGGCGGAGCCUACCUCGCAUCAGGACCAGUCUGACUGCACCUGCAUCCUUAGCUCAGAGCAUCCCCGGAGCAUCGUUAAGAGCCGAGCGCAGCUGACAACUAGGGGCCGGACCGUCGCAGGAGGCGUCCGCUGGAUACCUUCCCCCUUCCCUGACCUAGAGCUCUACAGCUGCGGCCUCGGUACUGACCGAGGGUUCCCAGAGUUGUCUCACCAUUGCUAAAACAUUAUAGCAACAGCCUCUGAUUACGACAUGGCUGAGAUCACCAAUAUCCGACCUAGCUUUGAUGUGUCACCGGUGGUGGCCGGCCUCAUUGGGGCCUCUGUGCUGGUGGUGUGUGUCUCGGUGACCGUCUUUGUCUGGUCAUGCUGCCACCAGCAGGCAGAGAAGAAGCACAAGAACCCACCAUACAAGUUUAUUCACAUGCUCAAAGGCAUCAGCAUAUACCCAGAGACCCUCAGCAACAAGAAGAAAAUCAUCAAAGUGCGGAGAGACAAAGAUGGUCCUGGGAGGGAAGGUGGACAUAGGAACCUGUUGGUGGACGCAGCAGAGGCUGGCCUGCUAAGCCAAGACAAAAGUCCCAGGGGGCCUAGCUCUGGAUCUUGUAUAGACCAAUUACCCAUCAAAAUGGACUAUGGGGAAGAACUAAGGAGCCCUAUUACAAGCCUGACCCCCGGGGAGAGCAAAACCACCUCUCCAUCAUCUCCGGAGGAGGAUGUCAUGCUAGGAUCCCUCACCUUCUCAGUGGACUAUAACUUCCCGAAAAAAGCCCUGGUGGUGACAAUCCAGGAGGCCCAUGGGCUGCCAGUGAUGGAUGACCAGACCCAGGGAUCUGACCCCUACAUCAAAAUGACCAUCCUUCCUGACAAGCGGCAUCGGGUGAAGACCAGAGUGCUGCGGAAGACCCUGGACCCUGUGUUUGACGAGACCUUCACCUUCUAUGGCAUCCCCUACAGCCAGCUGCAAGACCUGGUGCUGCACUUCCUCGUCCUCAGCUUUGACCGCUUCUCUCGGGAUGAUGUCAUCGGUGAGGUCAUGGUGCCACUGGCAGGGGUGGACCCCAGCACAGGCAAGGUACAACUGACCAGGGACAUCAUCAAAAGGAACAUCCAGAAGUGCAUCAGCAGAGGGGAGCUCCAGGUGUCUCUGUCAUAUCAGCCUGUGGCACAGAGAAUGACAGUGGUGGUCCUCAAAGCCAGACACUUGCCGAAGAUGGAUAUCACCGGUCUCUCAGGUAAUCCUUAUGUCAAGGUGAACGUCUACUACGGCAGAAAGCGCAUUGCCAAGAAGAAAACCCAUGUGAAGAAGUGCACUUUGAACCCCAUCUUCAACGAAUCUUUCAUCUACGACAUCCCCGCUGACCUCCUGCCUGAUAUCAGCAUCGAGUUCCUCGUUAUCGACUUCGAUCGCACCACCAAGAACGAGGUGGUGGGGAGGCUGAUCCUGGGGGCACACAGUGUCACAGCCAGUGGUGCUGAACACUGGAGAGAGGUCUGCGAGAGCCCCCGCAAGCCUGUGGCCAAGUGGCACAGUCUAAGCGAAUACUAAUCCUGUUCUUCUCUCCUCUAACCCCCGGGGCCAGGCUGGGGAGGGAUGUGGCAGGGAAAGAGAUGACAGAGAAGUGGACUCAAAACCUUGUUUUAGUUGUAGAAGAAAAUCUCUCACAAAACAAACUCAACAAAGAACACCCUACGUGACCACAGCUGCAGAUCAGUUCUUAGCAAUGAUGUUUGAUGUUUUUUUCUCCUUUGCAAGGCGCUAGAAUCUUUUUUUUUUAGACGGAGUUUCGCUCUUGUUGCCCAGGCUGGAGUGCAAUGGUGAGAUCUCGACUCACUGCAACCUCCGCCCUCCGGGUUCAAGUGAUUCUCCUCCUUCAGCCUCCCAAGUAGCUGGGAUUACUACAGAUGCCCACCACCAUGCCUGGCUCAUUUUUUAUAUUUUCAGUAGAGAUGGGUUUCACCAUGUUGGCC